CGACCCGGUAGGAUCCCGGCUCAGGAUUGGCCGAGCCGGGGGCUGUGGAGCCAGGAAGCCAAUGGCCGGGGUUUGCCCUCCCGGAUCCAAAAUGGCGGCGCCGGAGCCUGGCAGCGGGGCCUCCGAAGGAAGGAGGUGAAGCGGCCUCGGCCCGCGGCUCCGGGACCUGCUUCCCCUGCUCAUCCCCCCGGAGCCGGCCGGGGCCCAGGCCCAGGCCCAGCUAUGGCCGCCGAGAGCAGCAAGCAGUUCUGGAAGCGGAGCGCUAAACUGCCGGGGAGUAUUCAACCUGUCUACGGAGCCCAGCAUCCUCCUCUGGAUCCCCGGCUCAGCAAAAACUUCAUUAAGGAACGUUCCAAGGGCAAUUCACUGCCCCUGAAGAAUAAGAAGGCCUCUAGCUUUCACGAGUUUGCACGCAACACUAGUGACGCCUGGGACAUCGGCGAUGAUGAAGACGAAGACUUCUCCUCUUUCCAAACCCUGAACUCUAAAGUGGCCAAGGCCACAGCAGCCCAGGUGCUGGAGAACCACAGCAAGCUGCGCAUGAAACCUGAGCGGGCCCAGUCUGCUCUCAGUGAGAUGCCAACCAACUGCAAGGUCAUCAAGUCCAGCAGCGAGGCCCAGCUGGCUAGAUCACCUGAGGAUGCCUGCAUGCGGAACGCCCUGCACAAACAGCAGUCUCUCCCACUCAGACCCAUCAUUCCACUCGUUGCUCGCAUCUCCGACCAGAAUGCGUCGGGGGCUCCCCCAAUGACAGUGCGGGAGAAAACGCGCCUGGAGAAGUUUCGGCAGCUCCUCUCCAGCCACAACACGGACCUGGAUGAGCUGAGGAAAUGCAGCUGGCCUGGUGUGCCCAGAGAGGUCCGGCCCGUGACAUGGCGACUCCUGUCGGGCUAUCUCCCUGCGAAUAAGGAGCGGAGGAAGCUGACCUUACAGCGCAAGCGAGAGGAGUAUUUUGGCUUCAUCGAGCAGUAUUACGAUUCCAGGAAUGAAGAGCAUCAUCAGGACACCUACCGGCAGAUUCACAUCGACAUUCCCAGGACAAACCCUCUCAUCCCGCUCUUCCAGCAGCCGCUAGUCCAGGAGAUCUUUGAAAGAAUCCUGUUUAUCUGGGCCAUCCGACACCCAGCCAGUGGCUACGUCCAGGGGAUUAAUGACCUGGUCACUCCAUUCUUUGUCGUGUUCCUCUCCGAACAUGUUGAAGAGGAUGUGGAGAACUUUGACGUGACGACCCUGUCUCAGGAUGUGUUGCGGAGUAUCGAAGCCGACAGCUUCUGGUGUAUGAGCAAACUACUGGAUGGCAUACAGGAUAACUACACCUUUGCACAGCCAGGGAUCCAGAAGAAGGUCAAAGCACUGGAGGAGCUAGUCAGCCGGAUCGAUGAGCAGGUACACAAUCACUUUAGGAAGUAUGAGGUCGAAUACCUGCAGUUUGCCUUUCGCUGGAUGAACAAUCUGCUGAUGAGGGAGCUCCCUCUGCGCUGCACCAUCCGCUUGUGGGACACCUACCAGUCGGAGCCAGAAGGAUUCUCCCAUUUCCACCUGUAUGUCUGUGCCGCCUUCCUGAUCAAGUGGCGAAAAGAGAUCUUGGAUGAGGAGGACUUCCAGGGUCUUCUAAUGUUGUUACAAAACCUACCCACAAUACACUGGGGCAACGAAGAGAUUGGACUCCUCCUUGCUGAAGCCUACAGACUCAAGUACAUGUUUGCGGAUGCCCCCAAUCACUACCGCCGAUAGGUGCCAGGACUCGGUCUCCCCAUCCCGGCCUGAUCUAAUCACUGUGGCACUUCAUCAUCGAAGUCCUUGGACACGCUGGCCAGCAGCCACUCCUAGCUGUACAAAGCUCACAUCGACUUUUGUCGUAACUUUUAUGUGUGCCUGCCUGCCACUCCAUGUGUGGAUGUGCCACUCAAACGACCAUCAGUAUUCCACGCCGUUCUGUGGCCCAAGUCUGGGGGGAAAGGAGGCAGAGAGUGGCAGCUUCUGUGGCUUUAAGUAUAAACUGAGCCAAGGAUUGAGCCUCUGGAUGCCCCUGCAGGCCAGGCCUGGCUGUCACCAGCCAUGUUAGCCUUGCUGCCUCUUGUUAACCCACCCAGGCACACGCGUGCACACACUCCCAGCUGGGUCCAUUUUCCCUUCAGACACAGUUUGAUCCAACUCCCAGAUGAAAAUGCCUUACCAGAGACCUGCCUGGGUGGAACCCUUUCCGAGGGUGCCAGUGCUGUAGGAUGCAAAAAGCUCUCAGGGCCUAGCUUCACUCCAAGUAUCUGAAGAAAUGCAGCGCUUCAAGGAUCACAGGCAACAUGCUUGCGCACUCUCUCUCUUCCUCUCAUGCAGCACAUGGGUGCACACAUGUUGUGGGGGGUGCAUGUGUGUGAGGGAGACUGGCCCAUCCAUGCACUGUCCUGAGUGACACAUGUCCACUGGACAAGACUCCUCCUGUGACUGAUCUGACCUGCUGUGCGCACAGCCCCCACCCCACCCCCCAGCAGGGCUGGCAGGGGGGGAGCUGUGCCUUUUGAAAUCCUCUUUCCAUGACGACACUCCUCUUCCUCCAAGGCAUAUGUGUAUAUUGUGGUCUUGUGUAUAUGGGUAAGAGAUGUACAAUAUACGUCUUCUGUUUGUAGCAGAUAUCAUUUUAUAUUUAUAAUAUGCGUCUCAUGCGUGCAAAGGCUGCCUAGGUACAAGUACGGUAGGGCUCCAGUCUUCUCUGGCAUUCGGGGUUGCCGAGCUGUAGGCAUUUCUGCACUAGCACAUUAAGAGACGAGUGUUGAAUUCCUAUUAGGAAAACUCAACUAGAAACUUACAAAUCAGUUUCAAGUGGCCUCCAGUGCAAGAGGGGCUGGGUAUUUUGAGGAGAUGGGGGAGGAGCAGCCCCUGGAAGAGCAGAGAUGUGAACUGUGGGGUGUCGGCCAGCCUUCUCCACACUUGGCCGUGCCCUUGUGAAGAGUACUCCAGUGAUCUCCCCAAGCACUGCAGUGUGGUUAUCAUCUGCUGUGGCAGUUUGGGCCAUUACUGUACGCCGCUGCAGUAUCCUUGUUAAAGGGGAAUGUGCAUCAAUCUGCUUCUUUUCUCCUGCCUCUCUAUCAGAUUGUCCCAUUGACUCUUCAGGGCCAUGAAGAGAAAGACCUGGGCUCUCUUGUGUGUCUGUCUGCGCUCCUGGAGAACAGAGCAAACAGAGGAGAUGGCUUAUGCCCACAUGACUCCUCCCUCUCUAUGCUCCACACACAGACCUUGCCUCAAUGUGCUUUUAAAAACCCAGAUUUGAAUGUUUUAAUGUAACAUUUUAUUCCUGCUGGAAGGCGCCAUCUCAGUGCCAAAUGUUGAUCUCUUGGGGCCAAUUUCUUCACAGGGGGAGAUCCUCCCUCAGCUCCAAGGGAUGAUCUCGGCAUAUCCCCGGGGGACCAAAGUGCACUGGUUAUUAUUUGAGUUGUUGUUCUUAUUGGAAAGAGAGUCCCAGUGGCAUUAGUCAAAUAACAAUUGCUGGAGAGGCUGGAGGAUCUGAGAACGUAAAAGUGAGAGCUGUGUUGCCAAUAAAACUCCAACCAGUGUCUCAAGAGUUGCUUUCCUAAUCUGGAGUUGUUGUCUCAGGCAUUCUGACUUUACUUUUUUUGUGUGUGCCUUUUGUUGUUUUCUCUGAGAGAGCGACCCAAUGGUCAUUAGUUUAACAUGACUAAUUAAAAAACAAAAACCCAACUAAAA